AGUUCACCGAGGCACUCGGAUUCAGUUGCACUGUGGUAUCGAAAGUAAUGGAACACGGGACUCAGUUUUGUAUAAUCGGUGCUGGAACUGCUGGACUUGGUACGGCUAAGCGUGUACUGGAAGCCGGAGGUCAAGUUGUAAUAUUCGAACAGACUGACCAAAUCGGUGGAACGUGGAACUACACGGACGCUGUCGGAAAGGAUAAAUAUGGGCUGGAUAUCCACACUAGUAUGUAUCAAGGGUUGCGGACGAACCUACCGAAGGAGAUUAUGGGCUUUCCGGAUUUUCCGAUUCCUGAGCAAAAAGAAUCGUACAUUCCUUCGCAGGACAUCUUAGGCUUUCUACGAAUGUAUGCGGACAAGUUCGAUUUGACCCGACACGUGCGUUUCGAGCAUCACGUUGUGAUGGUUGAUAUUGUUGAUAUAGGGCUGAAAAAGUGGAAAGUACAAGUUAAAAAUUUGCCUGAAGCUAAAAUAGAACUCUUUUAUUUCGACUACGUGUUUGUUUGCAAUGGGCACUAUCAUACUCCACUGACGCCUAACUAUAGGAAUGCGAACCUUUUUCAAGGAAGGCAACUGCACAGUCAUGAUUACAGAUCGGCGGAGCAUUUUAAAGAUGAAAAAGUUCUUGUGAUCGGUGCCGGCCCAUCCGGGAUGGAUCUUGCGUUGGAAAUCUCUAAGAAAGCACUUCACGUGUCCUUGAGCCAUCACUCAAAGGAUCCAAUCAACACUAUUUUCCCAAAAAACUUUAGGCAAAAACCAGACGUUCAAGAACUCACAUCAACUGGUGCACUGUACGUGGAUGGAACGAGCGAGAAUUUCACCGUUAUCCUUUAUUGCACAGGAUACCGGUACAGUUUUCCAUUCCUGAGCUCAAACUGUGGAGUUACUGUCGAAGAUAACUACGUACAACCGUUGUUCAAACACUGCAUCAACAUUAAUCAUCCGACGAUGGCCUUCAUCGGACUUCCGUACUACGUUUGUGCGGCGCAGAUGUUCGAUUUGCAGGCGAGAUUUUGUCUCAAGUAUUACUGCGGAGAGGUAAAGCUUCCCAGUCGGAAAGAGAUGAUCGCUGAUAUGAACGAAAAAAUGGAACAACGAUGGGGACAAGGAUACAGAAAGCGUCAAGCGCAUAUGAUGGGACCGGCACAAGGCGAGUACUACGAGGAUUUGGCGAGAACAGCCGGACUGGAACCGCUCAAACCGGUGAUGACCAAGCUGCAUAACGAAAGCAGUCGGAGGUUUAAUGAUGAUCUGCUUAACUUUCGAAGAGAUAAAUUCAGAAUAGUCGACGAUCAAUCGUUUGAAGAAGUUGUUGACGAUAUGAAAAGUUGAAAGCAUGUCAGUCAAGCUAUUGCAUUGCAUUUUGUCAAAUAUUUAUUUUAAGAGAUAUUAUGGAUAAUUUUUUAGAGAGAACUUAUGUUCCGCAAAGAGUUUAAAAGGUGUUGAAUUGUUCGCAGAGUAGCGAGUAGAUGUCUAUGUAAUUAGAUAACAGGAACAUUGACCAAAAUUCUUUGGUCUGAAGAACAGCAUUUUGGAAUCGAUCCUGUUAUUUCCCGAAAAUGUUGCUUACGAAAACCUACACUUUAGAGGCAUGGAAAGUUAAAAGUUAUUUUGGUGUGUCCAAAAAUGUUUCCAAUUUUUUUGAACUAUAGCGUCAGUCUGGUGCCUUGGUCAAGUGCCAGAUUUUGAGUUGAAACGUAAACAACUAGGUUAUUUCAUAUUUUGUACAACAAUAUAAUAUGAUAAAGAGUAAUGUGUCUAUUAGGGCAAUAAAGCCUAUUGUUACCAUA